AAAAAUCUCCACUUGCCCCACUUCACAAACUUAUUUUCAAUACCCUUCACUCAUUCUCUCACUUGAAUUAGGCUCACAGUCUCACACAUUGGCAGAACCAGAGAAGGGUAAGAUGGGUUCAGUUUCACUGAAAAUAGGAGAUGGAACAGCUAGAUUCAGGAGAGCAACAGCAUGUUCAUCAGCGCUUAACAUUCUCAUGCUUUUCUCUGUUAUUACCACUAAUCUUUUUGCUUUAUACGCCUUCACAUCGUCCUCCAAAGGCAACCAAAACCACCCUCAUCUUCACCACCACAGGAACAUCUCUUUGAUCUCUGAACAUGUGUCUCUCAUCCUUAAAGAGAUAGACUCAUCUCAAAAGAAACUUGCCAAGAUGGAAAAAGAGCUUUUAGGAUAUGAUACCAUUGAUCUUUCAAGACCCAAUAUUGCGAAGGAGCUCAAAUUGUUUCUCCAACACCACCAGCUUCCUCUUGGUAAAGAUUCAAAAACAGGGAUCACUGAAAUGGUAGCAUCUGUUGGGCAUACCUGUGAGAAAUCUGCUGAUUUGUUGACUCAGUAUAUGAGUUACAAGAUAUCUGGGCCUUGUCCAGAUGAUUGGAGCCUUGGUCAGAAGCUGAUUUUGCGUGGAUGCGAGCCUUUGCCCAGAAGGAGAUGCUUUGCCAAGUCUAUCCCUAAGGUGGGUCUUCAGUCUUUCCCUACUUCUCUUUGGAAACCUGUUAGUAAUAAAACUGUUAUUUGGAGUGGUCUUGGUUGUAAGAGUUUUAGUUGCUUGAAUAGUAAGGUGUUGAGUAGAGAAUGUGUUGGUUGUUUUGAUUUGGUUAAUGGGUAUGAGAAUCAAAGAUAUGUUAAGGCUAGAAGCAAGAAUGAUUUUCUUAUUAGUGAUGUAUUAGGUUUGGGAAGUGGAGGAAUUAGAAUAGGGUUUGAUAUUGGAGGUGGAUCUGGCACCUUUGCUGCUAGAAUGGCAGAGAGAAAUGUGACUGUGAUCACAAAUACAUUGAAUAUUGAUGCUCCAUAUAGUGAAUUCAUUGCUGCAAGAGGGCUGUUUCCCUUGUAUUUGAGUUUGGAUCAUAGGUUCCCCUUCUAUGAUAACGUGUUUGAUCUUGUUCACGCAUCAAGUGGAUUAGAUGUUGGAGCUAAACCUGAGAAAUUGGAGUUCUUAAUGUUUGAUCUCGACCGGAUUCUAAGGGCCGGUGGGUUGUUUUGGUUGGAUAACUUCUAUUGUGCCAAUGAUGAGAAGAAGAGGACAUUAACGCGUUUGAUAGAGCGAUUCGGGUAUAAAAAACUGAAGUGGGUUGUGGGGGAAAAGGCAGAUAAUGGCAAAUCUGAAGUAUAUCUAUCUGCUGUUCUACAAAAGCCAGUGAGAGUGUCAUGAGACUGUGAUAAGGUAAGCAUACUGUUUGAGGUUUUUAGCCUUAUUAUAGUUGCAACAGAAUUUGUCGUUGAUUGACUCAAAGAUCCUCAUAAAAUUCAUUUGAAUGUAGAAUAAGUGUUUCCAUUGUUUCUUUUCCCCCAAACAGAGGGGAUGAUAAUCUGUUCUAUAGUUGAAAAAUGUUUUAUCUAUUGUUUUGUAAUUUAGGUGAUAACAAUUAUUUAAGUUAUCUGGACAAUGUAAUGUUGUUAAAUAAGUUGUUUAUAUUUUACGUCA